AUGAAUCCCCUACUAUCAGAAGACGAUGAUGACUCUUCACUGUCAAACUACCAGGACUCCACCGAUUCCUCUAUGAUAUUGGACACGAGGCCAGGAUCAGCUCAUAAUAAUAACAGUUUAGUAAACAGUAGAAUCAACUUGAGCUCAUCUAAUGAUAAUGUGUUACAGAGAUUGAACCAAUUAGCUCUACAAGAGAGGAGCAACAGUGCUACUGAUAAUGAUAAUGAUAAUGAAAAUGAAAAUGAUAAUACUACUAAUAAUAAUAAUUAUAAUAAUGAUAGUGAUGAUGAUGUGGGAAAUGGAAGUAGUAAUUCGAUCAAGGAUGUUAGGGUUACAAAGAAUAAACUCUCCAUUAUGAAUUCACAGAUAUUAGAGAAUCUAUCAAAAUCUUUCUACUACGAAAACGAGCAUCCGAUCUCUGAACCAUCGUAUUUAUCGGUUCAACAAGCACAAGACCAGCAGCACAGCAGUUCAAUAGAAACCACAGUACCGAUAGCUCAGGAACACAACAAGCAAGAGAUUAUUGAGCAAAUCUUGAAGCCAUACGAGGAAACCAAACCUCAGAAGAUUCUAAUAAGAUUUCAGUCGAUCGGAUCUACGAGGCAGAUUGAGCCAAGAGUCUAUAAGAUAUCUAACAACCAACAGUUUUCUCUGUUGAUUCGAUUUCUCCACAAAAAAUUCAAGCUUGGAGAUAGAGAUGGGCAUGUGUUUUGCUACAUUCACAAUAGCUUCUCACCCAACCCAGAUGAGAUCAUCGGGGAUUUAUUCAAGAAUUUUGCCAUCAAUAAUGAGUUAGUAGUAUCGUAUUGUGAAAAUGUUGCGUUUGGCUAG